AUUGAAAAUGCCAUCCAUCUCUGCCGAUGUGUGGUUUGGGGUGUGCAUUGUUAAAUAAAGGUUAAAGAAAAAAAGAAAACAAUUAAUUGUUGGACAAGACUGUGUGGGAACUAUUUAGAUGUAACACAGGAAGCAAACGUGUAUUUCCAGAUUUUUGCCCCCUAUCCUUUUAUGUAGGUUUAUGGUGCUUUCAAGACAACUUGGGAACUCGGAUAAAAACGAGGUCGAAUCAUGACGUCAGCGAACUUCAUGUCGGAGCUCUCGGGUUCCCGAAUUGGAAUUCCGGGUGGAUGACUGUUGAAAACUAAUUUUACCAGUCGGGGGUCGUUAUUUUUCCUAGUUCCUAGUUGUUUUGAGUGCACAGAACUCGGAAAUCUGGUAUUUCCCAGUUGUUUUGAACGCAGCAUUGCUAGGCUGGCAGUCUUCAGAUGUGACCGUCACAAGACAAUUCGAAUUGAGCUGAAAGUAUUUGCACAACGGAUUAAGAUGUCGAAUAAAUAACAUGUGGACUCCAAAAGGUCACCACGCCUUCAGGUUUGUGUGUUUGUUAUGUUUGGACCUGAAGGUAUGCACUGCGUGUGCUAUCACAAUUGGAUAAUCUCUGGCUAGCUUAUCUAAUAUUACAUCUGUCUAACAACUUGAAAAUCUAGUGACCAGUUAGUGAACAACCAGGCUGCCGCAGUCACUUUUCCCAUAGCUGCCAAAUCUGUUGCGUUAUUGUCAGUAUGUGUCAUCUACAGCUGAGGACAUUGCUUUUUGUAGCGUGGGUGUUGGGCUACAUCGCCUUUCUGCUCGCUACUAGAAAGAUGUGGACAGGGAAAUACGUGCGCAGUCCACUCGCUCGUUCACUUUUCAUGAACAUGAUAAGCGAAAGCGAAGAAGCCGGACAAGAAACCCAGGAGUGGUACAAGUGCUCUCCAGACUUGUUGGGGGAGGUGGUUAGACCUCUGUUUGUGCAGAGCCAUCUGGACCAGGACACCCAGGCUUUUCUGAGACGCAGCAUAGAAAAGUCUGGCUGGAUGUUCACCCAGUUCUACCACUCCUUCAUCUCCACUGUCCUCAGCCCCAUGGUGUCACGCACAUCCAUCAAUGGGUUCCUAGGUCGUGGCUCUAUGUUUGUGUUCUCUGCGGAUCAGCUCCAGCAGCUGCUUCGCGUCGAUCCCGAGUGGCGAGGGGAGAGACUGCUGGAUCUAGGGGCCGGGGAUGGGGGCGUCACUGAGGUGAUGGGAGCCCACUUCAGAGAGGUCUACGCCACUGAGGUUUCUCCUCCCAUGAAGUGGCACCUCCAGAGGAAGAAGUACAGGCUUUUAGGCAUUGAUGAAUGGCAGCAUACUGGGUUCCAGUAUGACCUGAUCAGCUGUCUGAACCUGCUGGACCGCUGUGACGACCCCCUGGAUCUCCUCAGGGGCAUCCACCGCUCGCUGGUGCCCAGCACGGGAAGACUCAUCCUGGCCGCUGUCCUGCCCUUCCAGCCCUGGGUGGAGAUAGGUGGGAAGUGGCAGCGCCCUAGAGAGCACAUCAAAGUGAAGGGGAAGAAAUGGGAGGAGCAAGUCACCAACCUGUCCAAUGAGGUGUUCCGGGAAGUGGGGUUUGAGGUGGAGGCAGUGACUCGGCUGCCGUACCUGUGUGAGGGAGACAUGUACAAAGAUUACUAUGUACUGGAUGAUGCUGUCUUCGUCCUGAAACCUGUGGAGGAGUGAAGUCAGUUACUGUAUCUUGGGGUGCAUCUCAAUUAUCCAAAUUUGCAUCCUUGUCUCCUUCCUUCAUCUGCAUUAUCUUAAAACAACCAACCGUCCUUCCAACGGGACUGAACCAUAGAUAAUGGCUGGUUCCACAGUGUAGGCUGACUGACUGAUCUACAAAUGAUUUAGCACCAUAAAUAACAACUCGUUUAUUAUUUUUUAGAUUGUUCGGUCAGUCACCAUUUACCCAUAAUGCAUCAUGGAUUUGAUGCUCUCAAACAGGGCCAAAGUCCUCUAGAGGCCUAAAGGCUGUAUUAGCAUGGGCAGCGCCAUUUAGUGCUUCCACCAUUUUAAUGUAGUCAACUGGGUGGGACUUCCAACUUAUUUGGCUGAUUUCUAUUGGUGACCCUGUUGGAGUCAUGCCCAACCGGGUCGUCAGUAGGGAUCAGCCAAUCGUGAAGAAAAUUGACAUUGCCUCAAUGCUGCAGUCACAGCUGCUAUAAUAGCACAGAUACCCAUCUUUUGUUUUCAGAUGAGUGCAGACCGAGGAGAGGAAGCAACUUUAGACUAUUGAGAUGCAUCAGCUGACCUUUCCUAGAGCAUCUGUGUACAGUAGAUACAAUAGAAAGCUAUCUGACUGGCUGCUGGAUUUGUAUUGAAUUAGUGGAGGUUAAGUAAGAUUUUCUUAAUUACAUUGAGAGUAUUUCUCAUUUACAUUACCACUUUAUCUCUUUAAAGUCAGCUGGGGAAUCCUGGUUUGAAACUCGGGUAGCUUCACUGUUUACCAACUGUCGUGUCAUACCGUGUCAUACCUCUACAUCCUAAGCAACAAAAAAACCACAAAAUGGAUAUUUGCCAUUUGAAUAUAAUAACCUGAUUGGACUAUAAAACACAACUCUGUAAAUGAUAGGGAGGGAGGAUCUCAUCUUCUGUGCCAACAUAUCACUGUGGAAAUUGUCUGUUCUUGGUUGAAGUAUAGUGAUGUAAACGUAUUGUCUUAUUCUGGGUUAGUUGGUCAUUUCUCCAACAAUAACAUUGUGAUACUGUACAUAUGAACCGGUUGAUCUAAUUGAUUUAGUCAAGCACAGAUGGAGGGAAUUCCUUCCCACCAGUCUAUUUGUCUUCAGGUUUAAUUAUAAGCACACUGUUUCUAACUGUUGUAUCAUCAACUGGGCAGUAACAUUCUGUUACAAUGAUAUCUGAAUUGAUUAUUUAUAGCAAUGUGAGGCCUUGUCAGUGAAUAUCUCCCAUCUACAGUUUUAUAGGCAGCAGAACAAGUUUACUUUAAUGUUCCAGUCAGUGUAUUUUACAUAAAGUAAUAUCACCUCAACAAUAAAAAUAUUUUUUCUGUGA